GAGGGCGCGCGAUCUUGGGAACGCUUCUACCGCACGCACCCCAUCCGCGCGUUCAAGGACAGGCAUUACCUCCGUCGCGAGUUCGCCGAGCUCAUGCCCCAAUCGAUAAGGGACGACCCGAAGGCGCACACGCCUCCGUUGGACCCGAGCGCGCUCCCGCCUCCCGACGUCGACUCGCCGGAUCAUAAGGUGGUGCUCGAGUUGGGGUGCGGCGUGGGCAACAGCGCGUUCCCGAUGAUGCGCGCCAACCCGGACAUGUUCGUUCACGCGUGCGACUGCUCCGAGACCGCCAUCGCCAACCUCAGGGCUUCGCCCGAGUUUGAUCCCAGGCGAUGCGACGCGUUCGUCGCUGAUCUGGCGGCCGGUGACUCGCCGCUCGCGGAAAAGAUAGGCGAUGGCACGUGCGACGCGGUCACGGGGGUGUUCUUCUUCUCGGCGCUGGAUUCCCGCACGUUCGCGGCGGUCGCGGCUGAGUGUCGGCGAGUACUGAAACCAGGCGGCUCCGUCCUGUUCCGCGACUACGGCCUCGACGACGUUAAGAACGCCGGGGGUACGAAGGGCGCGACGCGCGGCGAAAUUCGCGGCGCGGAGUUCGAGCCCGGGAGGCAGAUAGAGGACGCGACGUACGUCAGACCCGACGGGACGCUCGCGGUGUUCCUGGACGAGGCCCGCGUCGAGGGGGUGUUCGGAAAGGUUGGAUUGGAGGGCGAGUGCCGGCGGGUGACUCACGAGGUGGUGAACCGGAAGCUCGACGUGCGUAUCACGCGGUCGUUCGUGCAGGGGAGGUUCACGAAA